AGGAGCGGCGAGCGUGCCGGAGCCGGGGUAGCAGCCUGGAGGCCGGCGGAGUCGCGCUAGGUCUGCGCCGGUCAGGCCUAGUGGUUUGGCUCCGCGGCGCCGGCUCCUACGGGGACGCGCGCUGUGGAGGCGCGGAGGAUCGAGGCGCGGCGGGCUGAGUGAGACCCAAUGGAAAGAGCACGACAUUUGGAGGCAGAAGAUUUAGUUUCAAAUCCUUGUUCCUUUACUUACUAAUUUGGUGUUUUGGAAGUACCUUUGCCAAGAUGUCGGUGUUGCAGAUUUGGCUAGUACCAGCCUUCUUUAUUUUCCUCACUGCUGAAUCUAUGGGUCAACUUCUAGAUCCAUGUGGUUACAUCACUCCUGAAUCUCCAGUGGUACAAGUUGGUUCUAAUUUCACUGCACUUUGUGUGCUAAAGGAAAAAUGUAUGGAUUUUUUUCAUGUAAAUGCUACUUACAUUAUCUGGAAAACAAACCAUUUUGCUGUUCCUAAGGAGCAAUAUACGAUCAUAAACCGCACGGCAUCCAGUGUCACCUUUACAAAUAUAGCUUCAUUAAACGUUCAGCUCACUUGCAACAUUCUCACAUUUGGACAGAUUGAGCAGAAUGUUUAUGGAAUCACAGUCAUUUCAGGAUUGCCUCCAGAGAAACCUAAAAAUUUGAAUUGCAUCGUGAAUGAGGGAAAGAAAAUGAUGUGUCAUUGGGAUCCCGGAAGGGAAACUUAUCUGGAAACAAACUUCACUUUAAAAUCGGAAUGGGCAACAGAGAAGUUUCCUGACUGUAAAGCAAAACGUGACACUCCCAACUCCUGCACUGUCGAGUAUUCCCCUGUGUAUUUUGUCAACAUUGAAGUCUGGGUUGAAGUACAGAAUGCCCUUGGGAAGGUUACAUCAGCUCAUAUCAACUUUGAUCCUAUAGAUAAAGUGAAGACGAAUCCACCUCAUAAUUUAUCAGUGAGCAACUCAGAGGAACUGUCUAGUAUCUUAAAACUGACAUGGAUCAACCCCAAUAUUAAGACGGUUAUAAGGCUGAAAUAUAACAUUCACUAUAAGCCCGAAGGUGCCUUAACUUGGAAUGAGAUUCCUCCUGAAGAUACAUCAUCUACCCGAUCUUCAUUUACUGUUCAGGAUCUUAAACCUUUUACAAAAUACGUGUUUAGGAUUCGCUGCAUAAAGGAAGAUGGUAAGGGGUUCUGGAGCGACUGGAGUGAAGAAGCAAGUGGGACCACAUAUGAAGAUAGACCGUCUAAAUCACCAAGCUUCUGGUAUAAAAUAGAUCCAUCCCAUCAUACUCCUGGCUAUAGAUCUGUACAACUUGUGUGGAAGACAUUGCCUCGUUUUGAAGCCAAUGGAGAAAUCUUGGAUUAUGAAGUGACUCUUACAAGAUGGAAAUCACCUUUACAAAAUUACAUUGUGAAUGACACAAAACUGACAGUAAAUCUCACAAGUGAUCGUCAUAUAGCAACCCUAACAGCAAGAAAUCGUGUUGGCAGAUCAGAUAUAUCGAUUUUAACUGUUCCUGCCUGUGACUUUAAAGCUGCUCACCCUGUAAUGAAUCUUAAAGCAUUCCCCAAAAAUAACAUGCUAUGGGUAGAAUGGACUCCUCCAAGGAAAUCUGUAAACAAAUACAUAAUUGAAUGGUGCAUCUUAUCGGAUAAGUCACCCUGUAUUCCAGACUGGCAACAAGAAGAUCGUACCGUGCGUCGCACCUAUAUAAGAGGGAACCUAGCAGAGAGCAAAUGCUAUUUGAUCACAGUUACGCCAGUAUAUGCUGAUGGACCAGGAAGCCCUGAAUCUAUAAAGGCAUAUCUUAAACAAGCUCCACCUUCCAGAGGACCCACUGUUCGAACAAAAAAAGUAGGGAAAAAUGAAGCUGUCUUAGAGUGGGACCACCUUCCGGUUGAUGUUCAGAAUGGAUUUAUCAGAAAUUAUACUAUAUUUUAUAGAACCAUCAUUGGAAAUGAAACUGCUGUGAAUGUGGAUUCAUCCCACACAGAAUAUACACUGUCCUCACUGACUAGUGACACAUUAUACAUGGUGCGGAUGGCAGCAUACACAGACGAAGGUGGCAAGGAUGGUCCAGAAUUCACUUUUACUACGCCAAAGUUUGCUCAAGGAGAAAUUGAAGCCAUUGUUGUGCCUGUUUGCUUCGCAUUCCUGCUGACAACUCUUCUGGCAGUGUUGUUCUGCUUUAAUAAACGAGACCUUAUUAAAAAGCACAUCUGGCCUAAUGUUCCAGACCCUUCAAAGAGUCAUAUUGCCCAGUGGUCACCUCACACACCUCCAAGGCAUAAUUUUAAUUCAAAAGAUCAAAUAUAUUCAGAUGGCAAUUUCACUGAUGUCAGUGUGGUGGAAAUAGAAGCAAAUGACAAGAAGACUUUUCCAGAAGAUCUGAAAUCAUUGGAGCUUUUCAAAAAGGAAAAAGUCAGUACUGAAGGACACAGUAGCGGUAUUGGGGGGUCUUCGUGCAUGUCUUCUUCAAGGCCAAGCAUUUCUAGCAGUGAUGAAAAUGAAUCUGCACAAAACACUUCGAGCACUGUCCAGUACUCUACUGUGGUACACAGUGGCUACAGACACCAGGUUCCAUCGGUCCAAGUCUUCUCAAGAUCCGAGUCCACCCAGCCCUUGUUAGAUUCAGAGGAGCGGCCAGAAGAUCUACAAUUAGUAGAUAAUACAGAUGGCAGCGAUGGCAUUUUGUCCAGGCAACAGUAUUUCAAACAAAACUGCAGUCAACAUGAAACCAGUCCAGAUAUUUCACAGUUUGAAAGGUCAAAGCAAGUUUCAUCAGUCAAUGAGGAAGAUUUUGUUAGACUUAAGCAGCAGCAGAUUUCAGAUAUGUCACAGUCCUGUGGUUCUGGGCAAAUGAAAAUGCUUCAGGAAGUUCCUGCAACAGAUACUUUUGGUCCAGGUAUGGAGGGACAAGUAGAGAGAUUGGAAACAGCUGGGAUGGAGGCUGUGCUUGAUGAAGGAAUGCCUAAAAGCUACUUACCACAGACUGUAAGACAAGGUGGCUAUGUGCCUCAGUGAAAGACUAGUUUCUGUUACAGCUUCACAAGUAAAGCUAAAAAUAUAUCUGUGAAUUCAGAUAAAAAAUAAAUCUUCACUCUCUGAAGGUGAUCAUUUGCCCUUAAAGACAAAAAUGUACUGAAUUCUCAAUGGGCUAUUUCCAUUCCAGAAUAUCUGGGAUUCUCCUUUAAGCACUACAUAAACUGACUUUAUCUUCUGAAUAGCUGAAUGACUUUGUGCUGUUUCAGGAUGUUUGCACUGAAGAAGAGCAGAAAAUUUGUCUGAAAUUUAUACAGUAAAACUUUUUGUUUUACUAUACAGGAAACAGAAAGUAAAUAGGCAGUGAUAUACUUAGCACAGCUAUAAUGAUUUUGAUGGAAGCAGUCAUCAAAUAAAGUGGCUUAGGAAUAGUUAAUAUAAACAGUUAGGGGAACAAGGUCUAGACUCUCAACUUUCACUGACAACAUAAUUGAAAAGAGGCUCAUAGGACUUAACUGAUGAGCCCAACCCACCUUUUGUAGUUUGACAAAAAAGGGGGAGUGCCUCCUAUUUAUAGCAACGUAUAAACUAUUCCAUUCCUUAAUUCCCUUCCAUUUCAUUGUUAAUGAUGCUGCCACAGUUGUUGCUAGAGAAAAGGAAUUCUGGAGCUUUAACUUGGCAUAUUAAAAAUAUUUUUUAAAUGUAUAAUCAAUAAUUUUUACUAAUUUUCAAAAAUUUGCUGUUAUUGACAACUUUAAAGAUCCAUUUUACAAACUUAUAAGGAGUAGAAAUGCCACCUUUAAAAAUUGUUUGCCAUUUAUAAAGGCUGAAAGGGUUAACAUUUCCUAUGUUUAUAUAAAGUACCUAAGGAUCAUUAAUCCUUAAGACUUCAGAGAAUUUGGUGAUGAAGCACUUUACACAGUAUGUUUUCAAUUUAAAGUGUGUUUGGAUUUUUUGUUUGAUCACCACUGAUCAGAGGCAGAAGUGUGUUGCGUGUACUUCAUUUUCAUUUUUAAAUAAGACAAGAUUUAAAAAUUUUCUAACAGGUGUUUGAAAUAAAUGAAGUUAGAGGACUUGGACAGUAUAUACCCAAACAAAACAUAACCCCAAAAAUGUACAUAUUGAAGUUAGCAAAUAUCUUUAUUGUGGAGACACUGAAAAAAGAGAUAGUGUUUCAAAUCCUGUGAGUUGUAGAGGUAGGAUGGAACUUAGUUCUGUAUUGUGAUUUGGGAUUUUUUUUUUU